GGCAGCGAAAUCGUGGUGAGCGGCUGCGCGAGGGCAGCCACUUCCUUUUGCGGGUCGCGGCGAGUGCGGAGGGACUGCCAUGAAAGCCUCGGGCACACUUCGUGAAUACAAGGUGGUGGGGCGCUGCCUUCCUACCCCCAAGUGUCAGACACCACCGCUUUACCGCAUGCGCAUCUUUGCCCCCAACCAUGUCGUUGCCAAGUCACGCUUCUGGUACUUUGUAUCACAGCUGAAGAAGAUGAAGAAGUCUUCAGGGGAGAUUGUGUACUGUGGGCAGGUAUUUGAGAAGUCCCCCUUGCGGGUCAAGAACUUUGGCAUCUGGCUGCGCUACGACUCCCGGAGUGGGACCCACAACAUGUACCGAGAGUACCGGGACCUGACCACCGCAGGUGCUGUCACCCAGUGCUACCGCGACAUGGGAGCUCGGCACCGAGCCCGGGCCCACUCUAUCCAGAUCAUGAAAGUGGAGGAGAUUGCAGCCAGCAAGUGCCGCCGGCCCGCGGUCAAGCAGUUCCACGACUCCAAGAUCAAGUUCCCACUGCCCCACCGGGUCUUGCGUCGCCAGCACAAGCCACGCUUCACCACCAAGAGGCCCAACACCUUCUUCUAAGCACGGCCCCACCCCCUACCCCUGGUCUGCCCAAUAAAUGCCUCAGG